AUGCACGACCGAGCCCCUGGCAGUACCACGGGUUCAACGUCCUCGUCGCGUCCCGCGCCGUCGCGCUCUUCACGAUUUAGCGAAGACCUGCCGAAGCUGAAUGAGCCGAACGCAUACGAGCUGCAGCCCAUCAGCCAUUCUGUACCUCCGUCCCCACGCGACGAGGACGAGGACGAUCACACCGCGCGCCGCCUGUCGUUCGACUCGGUACAGAGCUACGAACUGUACACGCCAGAUGAAGACAAGAUGGUGCUGCGAAAAUUGGACAGAAGGCUCGUUGGCUUCAUGGCGCUAUUGUACUGCCUGAGUUUUCUGGAUCGUACGAAUAUCGGCAAUGCCAGAAUCGCAGGUAUGGAAGACGAUCUCAAGCUCAGCUCCAAUCAGUUUGAGUGGCUGAUAUGGGCCUUUUACAUCACGUACAUUGGUUUCGAGUGGAUGACAUUGAUGUACCGCGUCGUCCCGCCGCACAUCUAUAUCUCGAUAUGCAUCUUCUCUUGGGGCAUCAUCGCAUGUCUCCAGUCAGUCGCACCGUCCUUCGGCAUCCUCCUGAUCCUUCGGGCCCUGCUCGGCAUUGGAGAAGCCGCAUUCAGUCCAGGCGUGCCCUUCUACCUGUCCUUCUUCUUCAGACGCCGUGAAUUGGCCUUUAGGACUGGGCUGUUCAUCUCGGCUAGUCCUCUAUCGUCAGCCUUUGCCGGAGUGCUAGCAUGGGCCAUCACGAAGCUUGCCAGUCACAGCCCGUUCAGCCCUUGGCGCCUCUUGUUCCUGAUUGAAGGGUUUCCAAGCAUGUUGGUGGCCGUAUGGGCGUGGUCCUUCAUUCCUGACGGGCCGGGCACAAUCCGGUGGCUGACGCCACGGCAGAGGAAGGUUGCCGUUCUGCGUCUGCGGCAAGAAAAAGAGAGGGACGAGGAAGAGGAAUACCAGGGCAGGAAGUCAGGCGGUAUCAACUUUGGCGAAGUCGUCCAGACACUAAAGGACCCGAAGAGCUACCUCACAGCAUUCAUGUUCUUCAGCUGCAACGUCGCGUUCGGCAGCAUACCCGUCUUUCUCCCAACAAUCAUCCGAGACAUGGGCUUCGAGAGCAUCACCGCACAGGGCCUCACGGCGCCGCCGUACCUCGUCGCGUUCUUCGUAGUCAUAGCCACCGCUUACUUGUCCGACCGCUUGCAGGCACGCUCGGUCUUCGUCAUCGCACACUCCCUCCUGGCCGCUCUGGCAUACGGUACCAUUGCCAUGCUUGGACACGGCAAGUCUUCACACACGCUGAUCCGGUAUCUCGCGCUCUACCCGGCGAUAUCCGGAUUCUUCAGCAGCAUCACUGUAAUCAUCACGUGGACGAUCAACAACCAGGACAGCGACAGUAAGAAGGGCGCGGGCAUGGCUGUGUUGAACGUCAUCGGCCAGUUUGGACCGCUCGUGGGAACGAGCAUCUUCCCCGCCAGCGAGGGGCCGUGGUACGUCAAGGGCAUGGCGAUGUGCGCUGGCUUCAUGCUGCUGGUCGCUGUGCUGGCGGGGAUACUGCGCUGGGUUUUGGCGCGGGAGAAUAAGAUGGCGCGACAGGGCAGUGCUGGCGGAACGUACGCCGGGAUCCCGCUUAGUGAGGGCGGGAGGGCGGGGGACAGCAGAGUAUUCGAGUUCGAGCUAUAG